AUGAGCAACCUCCCGGCCCCUAUUUCUCAAGAUGGCCCCGACCAGCACGAUACCCAAGUCGCCUCUGUUGGCCUGCCGCAGACAGCACCACGGAGUAACGGCAAGCCCAACAGUUUGAACGUGCCCCUAUAUAUGCAAAGAAACGGCAACAAGGUGCUUGUUCGUCGACCCAAGCGAAAGGAUGAUGGGGCUCUGAAAGGUCUUGCCCGGUGGUUUGUUGCCAAUCAGAUUGGUCAGUCCCCAUACUUCGUAUCUAGGUCUUUAGAUCUCAAGCUGACUUCCACAGGACUCUCCUGCAAUCUCGUCGCCCUCCUCUUCCUGGCCCACAGCAUGCCCCGCGCGCGCGAGUACACAUCCAAGUUCUUUACGCUCUCGUAUUACAACCAGAAUACAGGGAAAUACUUCCUCGGUGGCGACGAUUGGUACCUCAUCGCUUUCUUCAUCGUGGUGUUGACGGGCUUGAGGGCUGGGAUAAUGGAAUACGUGCUGGCUCCGUUUGCUAGGGCUAAGGGAGUUCAUAAGAAGAAAGACAUUGUAAGAUUCAGCGAACAAGGCUGGUUGCUGGUCUACUAUUCUUUCUUCUGGCCCCUGGGAGUGUACAUCUACCGGACAUCUACCUACUAUCUGAGCCUCCACGAUCUUUGGAAAGAAUGGCCGAAUCGUGAAAUGGAUGGGCUCAUGAAGGCCUACACCCUGGCACAGCUGUCUUUCUACCUGCAGCUACUCAUUGUUAUCAACAUCGAGGAGCGCCGCAAGGACCACUGGCAAAUGUUUUCCCACCACAUCGUUACAAGCACCUUGAUUUAUGCUGCUUACAGAGAGGGACACACGCGCGUGGGCAAUCUCAUUCUGGUUCUGAUGGAUGUGGUGGACAUUUUCCUUCCCUUCGCCAAGUGUCUGAAAUACCUGGGUUACAAGACGAUUUGCGAUGUCAUGUUUGCUGUCUUCAUGGUCACAUGGUUCAUCGCGCGACACAUAUUCUUUCCGAUGACCAUCUACUCCGUCUGGGCUCAUACCCUGAUCUACAUGAACGGCUGCUUCUAUGGGCGCGAACUUGACGGACCGCACCCGCCACCCGCCAACGACACCUGGCUUUAUAUUGCGAGGCCGCUCUGGGAUACCGAUGCACCAGUCUGCUUCAACCACAACUUCCGGAACGGAUUCUUCGGCAUGCUGUUUUUCCUCCAGAUUCUGACCGUGAUGUGGUUUUAUCUAAUCAUACGAGUUGCCAUCAAAGUGAUCAAGGGAGGCAGCGCCGAGGACACGCGAAGUGAUGACGAAGCAGAUGAUCUCGAGGAUCCGGAUGAGUAUGUUUACGAGGAGGCGCAGCCGCUUGAGGAGGAAGUUGGCGCAGACGAAAUCGACCUGAAGAGCUGGGAGAGGAGGGUGGCCCGCGGCAAAAGGUCAACAACGGCAACAGGAGUCAGCUUGCCUGGUCACAGCGACCGUAAGGAACUCCUCGGACGAAUCGGUUGCGAGAAGCAGGUUGACUAA